CCUGACAAGGGACUCGAGUGUUGAGUCUGAGCACCCCAAACUCGUGAGCGGGAACAGAGUGAGAGAGAGAGAAAAUGCAGGCAGCGCGAGCUGGUAUUCGAGCUCUCAAAUUGCAGCCAUCGUCGCAGUCGUAUCCCUAUCGGAGGUUCGAUAAUGCCGUCUCUCCGUCAUUAUCGGCAUCAAAAGGUGGAGUGGUGCUGGUACUAAUUGGAGCUAGGGUUUACUCCCAAACAGCACCGUGUUUUCCCUACUUGGAGAAAAAGGAGGUGACGUCUCGCGUCUUAGAUCUACUCAAAUCCGUAGCGUUUACUCACCCAUCCAAGUAUUUGGAGAUGGUGGUGUCAUUGGUGGCAAAUUUGAAAGGGGUGGUUCUGGAAGCAGAGGAUAUAGCAGAGGCAGCUCUGUCUAUGGUGAGUGAGGAGUCAAAGUAUGUUAGUUAAGGCUAAGGUUAUAGCUUGAACAAUCCAAUGUUUACAAAUGCUAUCAGAAGUUUGUUUUCUUGAUCAUCUUAAUUUUCCAUAUCAUCCAGAAAAUUUUAAUGUCCUGAACUUUGCAUCUUUAUUUUCUCUGUUUUUGUCUUCUUUGUGAUCUGCGCACAUUGUCCAAGUGUGUUAGUUCUUAAUGCAUUAAUGGGACAGGCUAAUGUGCUAAUUCUAAAUGGAUUGACCAGACACUAGAGCCUACUUAUCAAAUGACAGCUACAUCAAUAAUAUAUGGAUGCCUUUUUUCUUUUAUAUAAUAUAUGUGUUGACUCCAUUUUUACUGGCUGAAUAUACCACA